AGGCGAGAAAUUCUUAAAGCACUCGGGCAGAUGUGCUGAGUCAUUUGAGAAGAGUUUCAUCUUCGAUUAUCGCGCGACCGUCUAUUGUACUAUCGUCAAAGUCUUGUUCGCUGCAACUUCUGCAUUUACUUCCCCUGCAGUUCUUCUUUUUGCAGUAUCAAGGCUUUUAUCCGACACGACGCUACAGAAAUAAAAUCAAAAUGUUGUCCCUCGUCGGCCUGGGCCUCGGUUCUGCCGAGGACGUCACCCUCCGGGGAAAAAAGGUGAUUGAGCAAGCGGACUUCGUCUAUCUAGACGCUUACACGGCGAUCUUGCCCGCAGCUGCGUCCAACACCUCUUCACGCGACGAAGCGACGAGGAGGAAAGUGAACGAAGACGUCGGUGGUCAAGAACAUGCACUAGAAACGGAACAACAUCAACAAGCUACGGAAACAACACCAGAGCAGGAGCACGUUCUUGAUGAUAUCCUGGAGCUGCAAAACGGCGAAACAUCCGCGCAGCAACUUUUCCACUUGUACCCCGAGAAGCAAAUCCUCUUAGCCGACCGGGAACUGGUGGAAUCGGGAAAGGAGAUUCUGGACAAGGUCGAACAGGGGAAAAAAGUCGCUUUUCUCGUGGUCGGCGACGCCCUGUGUGCGACGACGCACACGGAUUUAAUUCUUCGGUGCAAGGAGAAGUACGCAUUGCAAAUAUGUGUGUGUGUGGAAGGAUGCAACUUGUCAUGCUGCGUCUCGAUUCCACAAAAAUCUGUAUUGCAUGAACAGCAAAAGAGCUCCAGUUUUUGCCAAGGCGAAGGAGCAUUUCUCAUGCGGUGUAGGCAUCAAGAAGCCCUCACAAAAUCUGUGAUGCUAGGGCAUGCAUCACAGACAUCAGGAGUCAUGCAAAAUGUGCAUGGCAAACCUUGCAUGGUUCCAGACCCAGACAUGUUUGCAUUCGAUAAGAAGAAAUUGCGCUACGAGGUGGUACACAACGCCAGCAUUAUGAACGCGAUCUCCUCCUGUGGACUCCAGCUCUACCGGUUCGGAGAAACAGUUUCCCUCCCCUUCUGGCAAAACAGCUGGCGGCCGGAGAGCUUUUAUGAUAAAAUUAUCGCGAAUCGCCGCAUGAAUUUGCACACGCUGUGUCUGCUGGACAUUCAAGUGAAGGAACGGUCGAUGUUGAACAUGAAACGGGGCAUUUUCAACGUGUUCGAGCCACCACGGUACAUGACUGUGGGACAGGCGUUGGAGUAUCCUGUGCAAAAGUAUCGUACUCGUACAGUAAUCGCACUCAUGCAUUACCAAUUUCCAUCCCAAGGUGAAGCAGCAUGACAAAUUCCAUUUGUCAUGCUGGCCGAAUUUGUAAUGCGACUUCUACUAGUAGUGCCAGUGCGAUGCUUUUGCAAUGCAUAUGGAGCAAUUGGUGGAAAUCGCAAGGAACAGGAAGACUUGUGAAAAAGACGACAAGUCGAAAUCAUCGCCAGCAGGACUGGAGGCCAAGUCAGUAGACACAACACCGUCGUCGUCAGGAGAAAUAAGCGAACAAAGAGCUGCACGAGAGGAGCACGAAUUGUUCGACAGUGAGCAAGAAUUUGACCUGGAAUCGGAGAAGAAUCUGAUCGGGGUGGCAAGGAUUGGCGCAGUGGAUCAGGUGAUUAAGGUCGGUGAUGCGGCCAAGUUGAUGGAUUUUGACUUCGGACCGCCACUGCACGCUCUGGUCAUUCCUGCGUACGAGUUGCACGAGUGCGAAUUGGAGUUUUUGGAGUACUUUCGAUGAUACUGAUCGAUAUGGUUGAAAAAGUCGGAAAGUGGAAAUCGACCAGGAUUGUGAACAAGCUGUGAAUUGCAGUUCUACACGACCGCAACUACAAGCGAUGAAGACUUCUUGUACUAAUAUCGUUCCUGCAAAUGAAAAUCGAUGAUCACUACAGCGAAUGACGACUCCAUGAGCUGCCCUAGUAGCUGCUUCCUAUCCGCAGAAGCAUUUCAAACAUGUUGAUGGUAGGAGGAACGGUGUCCACCUCCCUAGUCCUGUCGUGAGUUUGGCUUUGUCAAUCACAGCACUGCGAACCACAGCUGUGUCAC